AUGAUCCUUCUUCUAUGGCAGUUCUGUUAUUCGACUCUCUCUGCACCCACUCCUAAUGCCACUUACUUAGACGUCGUUGCUCGCACUAAGAUGUUGCCAUUGGCGUCGGCAGCUUACUCUAAACGGCCACAAGACUGUCUUACUAACAGAUUUACUAACGCCGUGUUGAAACGACGACUGAAUGUAGAAUGUGAUCCAAUCAAAGUUGACACUUGUUCUGGAUACUCUGCGAUCCUCGACGACGACAAAGCCUAUCGCCCUCGGCUUCAGUCUCCAUGGAUUGCUGGUGGGAAGGUGUCAAAGUAUUUUAACACCGCGUUUAUGGCUUUAUUGGAUGCUGGAAUAAAGGAUGAUUUCAAUGCUCUCAUAUCACUAGGGGCGGUAGCCUCAUUGGCUGCUUCGUAUAUAAUAGCUGCUAAUCUAACGUUCUCUGGCAGAGUACAGCUGGUUACAUUCGGUCAACCACGAACUGGUGACAAAGAUUUCGCACAUGCUCACGAUAAACAGGUGUUCUAUUACAACAAUAUGAGAGAAGAUGCAACGUUCAAAGUCUGCCAAGCCGACGAAGACAACGAAUGCAGUGACGGUUUAGGGAUCACCACAUCUAUUUUUGAGCAUCUUCAUUAUUUCGACGUUGACGUUAGCCACUACGGUAUUCACGGCUGCCAGUAG